GCAAGCUGAUACCCCCAUUUAGGAACUAACUAUACAUGUGUUAGUAAGUGCCUAUAAAUAAGAGUCAGCUUGUUCUGUUGUGUCUGUGAAGCACAACAGUGACGCAACACUACCCUGGAAAUAGCAAUGGAGCUACUGUUGCAUGUGCUGUUUUCGUGGGUAACUGUGUCUGUGAUAAUUGCUUCUGGUGCAAGAGGUGAUGAACAGUAUAUCUCAGCAGUGGGAGACCCAGGAAUGAGAAGAGAUGGACUGAGGGUGGCAUUUGAAGCUUGGAACUUUUGCAAUGAAGUUGGGGAAGAAGCUCCUGGAAUGGGGAGCCCCAGAGCUGCUGAUUGUUUUGAUCUCUCAAGUAAGCAUGUCUACUACCAUGGAAGGAAACAUAAGAAUGAACAAGGUUCCUCUCUGGAAUUGAGACACAAGGUUUCAGAAGCUGAUAACGAACUUGGGGUGGGUAAACCAUUCACAGGGUUGAGCCCAGGCGCUGCAAAUGAUGUAGACCUUUAUGCUGCAGAGAAGGAGAAGUAUCUUGGUUCUUUAUGUCAAGUUGAUACCCCAAGACCAUGGCAGUUUUGGAUGAUUAUGCUGAAAAAUGGUAACUAUGACACUCAGUCUGGCUUGUGUCCUGAAAAUGGGAAAAAGGUACCUCCUUUCAAUCCUGGGAGGUUUCCUUGCUUUGGAAAGGGGUGUAUGAAUCAACCCAUCUUGUAUCAUCAAUAUACACAUUUGUUAGGUGGUGGUACAAUGAGAGGAAGUUUUAACGGAACUUAUGAUUUGGAUUCUGACAUUAGUGCUGGACUUGAUGGAAUCUCUUUCUAUGAGGUGGUUUGGAAGAAAAAAGUUGGUGCUGGAAGUUGGGUAUUCAAUCAUAAGCUCAAGACCUCAAAGAAGUACCCAUGGUUGAUGCUAUACCUCAGAGCUGAUGCAACCAAAGGAUUCUCUGGUGGGUAUCAUUAUAGCACAAGGGGAAUGCUCAAAACACUACCAGAGUCACCUAAUUUUAAGGUCAGGCUGACUUUGGAUAUCAAAAAAGGAGGAGGGCCCAAGAGCCAGUUCUACCUAAUAGAUAUGGGUAGCUGCUGGAAGAACAAUGGUGAUCCCUGUGAUGGAGAUGUGCUCACUGAUGUAACCAGAUAUAGUGAGAUGAUCAUCAACCCUGAGACUCCAGCUUGGUGCAGCUCCACAAGUAUAGGCAAUUGCCCACCAUAUCAUAUUACUCCGGACAACAAAAAGAUCUCCAGGAAUGAUACUGUUCACUUCCCAUAUGGAGCUUAUCAUUACUAUUGUGCUCCAGGUAAUGCUCAACAUUUGGAGCAACCUGUAAGCACUUGUGAUCCUUAUAGCAAUCCUCAAGCACAAGAAAUUGUUCAGUUGCUGCCACACCCCAUAUGGACUGAGUACGGCUAUCCAAUCAAACAAGGAGACGGUUGGGUUGGUGAUGCAAGGACAUGGGAGCUUGAUGUUGGUGGGUUGUCCAGUAGGCUCUACUUCUAUCAGGAUCCUGGUUCCCGUCCUGCUAGAAGAAUAUGGACAUCACUAGAUGUGGGUACUGAAAUUUUUGUUAGUGACAAAGAUGAAAUAGCAGAAUGGACUCUGAGCGACUUCGACGUGAUAUACACGCCCCCAAGUUCAUAAUUAGUUUCCUACCUUUUCUUCUAGCUGUUUCUUCAUCUCUUACUUCCAAAGUAAGCAAAAGAACAGAAAAAGAUUCAUGACACUUGCAAGAGAUGAUAAAGAGUGUUAGGACUUAGGACGAGGAAGCCGGAAAAAAAGCCCACAAGGGCAGAGCUUCCACAUCCUAGACACAUUCAGACAUUGUGAAAAAUUCAAUUCUUAAUGCACAAGAAAAUCAAAAGAUUAUCGUCAAGAAAUUUUUACUGAUAAAUUAUAAGCUUAUUAAUGCAAAUUGGUUCCUGGAGUCCUGGUAUUAUUUUCA